UCAGUUGCCAGAAACAGCAGCAGUUCAUUUCCCACUGACUCUCUCACAGAGAGCUACAUGGAGUUUGUGGGACAACCAAGAGUUUUUGGGGCCGAUAACCUCUUGGCUGUCCCAGGCCUCAGCUCCCUGGACGUGGACGAUGAUGAGGGUGAAGUGAUCAUCGGCAUCAGGCCCAAAUGUUCUCCUAUCCCACGGCGAAGGAGCUCUUUCACGGAAGAGGACUCGGAGCCGGAGCCUCCCUUGAGCGGCUCCAGGAGAGUGUCCUUUGCAGAUGCCAAAGGCCUCUGUUUGGUGCAAGUGAAGGAGUUUGACAAAUGGGAUGUACCCAAACUACCAGGGUUCGACUCCUCUGAGGUUGAAGUUAACGAUACAGAAGAGUACCUCCUCUCACCCUUUUCUUUCACUGUUCCUCUGGCAACAGAGGAGCUGUUUGCCAAAGUCCAGGAACAGAAAAUCGAACUGGAAUCAAUCGAAUUACUUCCAGGGACCACAAUACUAAAAGGAGUGGUCCGCGUCCUCAACAUCUCCUUCAACAAGGCGGUAUAUAUCCGAACCACUUUGGACUCCUGGUCCAGCCACUUCGACCUCCUGGCAGAGUACAUUCCUGGUUCCAGUGAUGGUCUGAUGGACUGUUUCUCAUUUAAGCUCACCUUAGUGCCACCAUUCGGGGAGCAGGGAGUCAGAGUUGACUUUUGUCUGCGGUACGAAACUCCUGUGGGGACAUUCUGGGCCAACAAUAACAGCAGGAACUAUGUGCUCUUCUGUCACCACAUAAUGAAAGGGGACAAAAAGAAACAGAAGGAAAAUGUGAACAAGAAAAGCUGCCUCAAGACAGUCAGUCAGAACGACUCCACUGUGGACAACAUUUCAGCAAAUGAAGCGUCAUCACAAGAAAAUAGUCCACCAGUAGAUGCUGCUGAAGACAAGAAAAUCUCAAAUUCUCAGUCACAAGUAUCAGAAAAACUAACGAUUGAGAGCAGCCAGAACAGGAGCAGAAGAAGUCGCCGAAAGGCUGCACGGAUGGCUCGAGUGAAGGAGCACUUUCAACAAAGAGCCGGAGGACCUAAUGACACUGAAAGAGAAGAAGCCCCUCUAGAAAUAAAACAGGCAGCUCAAGAUGACCCAGGUCGAGAGGUGCAGUUAUUUUCUGAGGCAAACGGCAAAUCAGAAAGUUCUCAGUUUUUUCAUGAAUCUCUAAAAACAUGCUGCAAACCCUCCCUUAAAGUUCUGCCUGAUACAUCACAAGCACAUGACUCCACAGCUAACAGUGAGCCAGAGAAAUGUGAGAUUACUUUGGCUGACUCUGCCACAUUAACAGAUGGAGAGAGUGUCACGGUCGUGACAGGCAAACCAUCACACUCAGCUGAUGAACCUGUACCUACAGAGCAGCAAAACAUCGAUACGUUUGUGAGCAAAGCUGAGGAAAGCAGUCGAGACCCAACUUAUGACAGAAACACGACAGCAGUGAGCGGUGUGAGCUCUAUCAGCCAGGCCAACGGCUUCACAUUUGGAACUGUGGUGGCCCCGCUGUAUCAUCAGGUGUUUGGUAGAGCGGGAAGUGAAAGUCAGAGUGUAGGUGACUGGGGACGUCCCGUAUGGCCUACACUAAACACUGGAGACUUACAUCUUCACAGUGAAAGAAAAGAGACCAGCUGCACAGCUCCAACAGAUGCUAGAAGUAGCAAUGAGAAGGUUCAAGGAAAUGUAAUGAACAAUCAUGAAGAGUUAGAUGUUGCGAUCAAUGAUCUCCCCACUGAAGAAGAGGAGACAACCUUCGCAGUGACGGUAACUGAUGCGCUGAAUUGUGGAGACGACGUGCAGGGUCCAGAUAGGACUGAUAAUUCUGACCGGAGAUUUACAAGUUCAUCUCAGGGUCCAAAACAUUUGGGAGACGCUUCGGAAUAUCCCGAGCCUGUAAGCAUACAAGUGAAUACAGAAUUGCGGAAUCUACAAAUAACCACUGAGAGUUUACAUCUCCAGGGAGAAACACAGGAAGACAAUCUGACCCACGACCUCCAAUGGGACAGCAUAGCACAAACACAAGACUGCCAACUCGCAGAGAAUACAUGUACACAAUCUAAAACUAAUCUUGAUGAAACACAGGCACAAAGUGAAACACAAGAAGCCAGGCUCAGUCUGCAAACAUCAGUUUUGUCACUUCAGUCUUCUCAGAGUCAGUCAGAGCACUAUAUUGUAGAAGAGUCAGGCCCACAGACCAGCAGCAGAGAAGAACAGAACUGCGAUAGUAAAACUGUGACAAUAUCUUUAAAGGAGGAUCGGCUACCAGAAACAUUACAUGAUUUGAGUUCUAACUCCGUCAAUAAUGCCUUUGUAAAAGAAACUGAUGUUUCUUGUUGUAACAGUGAGGAUUUAACAACACCUCAGACAUCUCUGGAAGCUCUUAACACAGAGGAAGGAUAUAAAGCAACAUGCAGCUCAUACAAAAAUGAACCGAAACCCCUGUGGGAAAUUAAGGCAGUUGGUGAUGUAGCUGAAUCCACAACAAACAAGGUGAUGAGUGACUAUAAUGAAGACACUUUGGAAAACACAGAGCACCAUGAAAUGGAAGCUGCCGUCUCAAAACAGGACGAGGCUUUCUGUUCAGCGGGCGUUUCUGAUGGGAAAAACUGGGAAAUGAUGGUUGAAGAGGAGGAAAAUAGCAUAUUAACAAAUGAAGAAAAGAGUGAGCCAGUAGAUUUAAAGGAGGAGAACAGUGAAGCAACGGAGAACGAUGCUGCAGAGAUGAAAAUAGAAGAAUUUGUGAAGGAGAUCUCAGCUGCAGGAGUGGAAGAGGACGGGGCUGACAAGGCGGUGGGGUUAGAGGACAAGGAGUGGGGAAGAGAGGGGGAAAUUGGGGAGACUGUAACUGCAAACAAUAUGGCAAAUGUUGAGACAGAAUUAGAAUAUGUUCAGGUCACAGCGACGGAAAAGACAACUGCAGAAGAAGAAGUAGCUGAAGCAGAGAAAACAGAGGGAGAAGAGGAGACAGAGUUACAGAAACACUUUGCUGAGACACAAGAGGUCAAAACUGAAAGGGCACAUGUCCAAGAAGAAGAGGAGCCCGAGAGGGAGGGAAAAAAUGAUAAAGCCUGGAGCGAUGAAAGUGAAACCACUGUGGGAUGGGAGGACCAGUUAAAACCAAGGGAGGGAAAUGGAGAGGAGGAGAAUCCAGAUUACAGAGGAGGUAUCCUGGUUGAUGAAGCAGGAGAGGCAGAGAUUGUAGAUGCAGACUCAUGCAUGACAAUAGUGAACAGAGGAGAUGGAGUGCAGUGUUUAGAGGAGAGGUUAGACGUUAUACAAAACAAGGUUGAAGAUGGUUUACAUGCUCUGGUGAGCAAUGGGCAGGAGGGUGCAUAUGAGACAGCAAUUGACAAAGAAAAUACAGAAGAAGGGCAAAAUCCACACAUCCAGAAUGAAAUCUGUCUUUACAAGGAGGAGGAUCUUCGAAGCAACAAGAAUGUCACACAUGACCGAUCAAAGGCUGAGAAAGAAUCCCGCGCUGCAGAGGGAGCCGGGCACAUUUUAACAGAUGAACCUGAAAAUGAACAAACAAGCCGCGACAGUGCUUCAGAAGAGUCCAACUCAGAUGACGAGGUGGAGUUGUACAUGCACUGUCUGAGGGCUGUUGGCACAGCACAGGGCCACAAAGACAAAGACACAGGAUUCAGUUUGAGCAAAAGGCCUUCUGUAAGCAGAAGCAAAUCUCUGUCCACGCCCAUGCCGUCUAUCAGCGAGUCUCUGGAUGAAGAACAGCACCUCAGCCGCCCUGAGGACACAUAUGAAGACGUGAAGGCAGCUGCCGCCGCAGCUCUGACACUGUCAAGUGGACAGCAAAGCAUUAACCAAAAUGUUUCACGGUGGAAAGAUACUUUUUCCUGCAGCAAUGUCUCAAAAACACUGCUGUACACCACCUCGUCAGUGGUAUUUUUAGUUGUGGCGUACCAUUAUGAUUUUCUUGCCUGUUUGGGGCUCUACUUGAUAACUGUGGUUUGGCUCUGCUGUCAUGGAGAGAAGCAGCCCGUUAAAAAUGACAACAACUAAGUUGUAAAAGCCACUCUCAGUAGUGAUGACUUUUCAAAUGAACUUCAGAAGUUUACUAGCAUAGAAGGUGUUGUCAUCAUAACCGUGUUUCUCUCUCUCCCUCUACAUAUAUAUGUGUGUGUAUAUAUAUAUGUAUAUGAUCAUAGUUAAUUAGUAAGAGUUGAAGAAUUAGCAAGAUCAUACCAUAGGAAAUAAUACUGGGCAUUGAUCUUUUUCACAUAUGACUCAUAUCAGAAUAAAUGCUGUACAUUCCCUAUGGGAGGAUGUUAACUCUCUGUUGUCAAGAGUAGAGUAUGAACCAAUAAUUUCUACGCUUUCCUGCACAUGAAACCCAGCGUCUCCUCAGCUGUGGAGGAUAACUCUCACUGAUCGGUCCUGCAAAGCCAUGUGGAGGAAAAUCAUCAGUGUGCUGUGUAUAUGACUUCCGGCAAAAAACGUUGCAUUAGUGUAUGAUACUUUGAGUCUUCUCAACAAUAAAAUAAAUAGGUUGUAAAAGUGGAAAAAAAAAAAAAAAAAAAUCUGUGGCUCUCAUUUGUCUAUUGUUAGCAGCAGUACUGGAAAGGCACUUGUAGGUGAAAGCUAACUAGCUAGCUAGGAAAGACUUCAACAACAAACAUGUACGUAACAUGUACACAUGUUCACAUACACGACUCAUAGUUUCUUGACUAGAAAUCGAAUGCUAGUAGUUUUACUCUGAGUUUUACUGUGCGCUAACAUACUGUAUGUUUGUAGCCAAGACAUAAUAACUUGCAGCCUGAAACUUGUUCGGAAUAUCAUUAAUUUUGAUCCAACACUUUACAGCAUUUCCUUUUUUAACAAGUACAUUGUCUUAGCAGGUUCUUGGAUUAGACUGGACUACACUGAGGUUGAAUUACUUACAAAUAAACAGUGCUGUCAGUGGUAUGUCAGUAAUCUGCAGUCAUGCCCUGGAACUCUGCAUAAACACAGAAACCAGAUGAUGACCUGAGUGUUUGGGAUCUUAUUUGUGUUUCUGGUGUGGGGAAAUGUGUUUGAAACUCUAGCUGCAUACUGAUCCAACCAAACAUCUUGUUAUCACCAGGUAUCAGUUAUAAAAUAUGUUUGGCAUCAAGCUAACCAACACAAAAGUCGAACUGUAUUCUUUUACUAUUUAAAUGUAAUGUUUCCACAGUCUAGCCUUAAAAAUCAGUAUUUACUCAUGAACAAAUGGCUUCUGGGAAAGAAUGAAAGGAAAUAGUUUGAAGGAUUAGUCCUCUUCUCGCUCUGUCCUUAGUUUCUUAUCUUUCUCUGCUAAAGAAUGUCAGGCUCAUGUAAAAUGGAGGGCAAACCUUGAUGGGAGUCCGUGUUCAUUUCAAAAAAGCUGCUAAAGCAUGAUCUUUGACAGCUUUCAACGCUCAUGCAAAACAGCUGAAUAUAUUUGUCGGAGUUAAAUUUUUUCUCUUGUAGCUGCUGCAUGUAGUUCCUGUUUUCAACUUGGGAUUCCAGCUGUGCGAGCUGAGCACAGCAGAACCCAGUCACCAAGGCACUUGAGGGCUGUCCACUUGCCUUUCAGGAAAACAACAUUUUCAUCAAGUAAAAAAAAAAGAGUAUAUCUGCCUGUGCAACGAAAGUUAUUGCUGUAUCCUUUCUCUUCUUAUUGUUCACAUUCCAGGGGCAGUGUACAUCUGAACUUCAAAUAUCCUCAGAUAUCUUUUUUGUAAACAGGAAAUCUGUGAAUUGUGUCCUAUAAUUCAAACAACACCAUGUUUUCUGACUUUGGCUGUUCUUACUAAAACCUCAGGGCUUUAUGAGGAGUUUGCUGCAUAACCAGCAUGCACAGUAAUAAUUAGUUUUUAUUAGCUUUGCAAGUGGAGUUUAUUUUACCUCGUAUCAUUGGGGCAUGUUGGCUGAACCCUUCACCUGUCGGACUACUCUGAUGUCUGCAGUGUUUAAUAGCCGAUACAAUCUCUGCGCCUCUCAGCUGCCUUCAUUUCAUCACGUCAUAUCUGACCUCUUUCUGGAUGCUUUAUUACUUGAGUGCGGUGAUAAACCCAUUGAGAGCAAAUGGAAAAAAUAUUUAAUCUGGUUAAAGUGUCAUACUGAAAAACUGUAAUUUGGUCUGUAAAAUUACAAGAUACAAAAAAAUAAUUACUUAAUUAGCAAAAGAAAAUUCGAAACUAUACAAUACAGUCAAAGAAACCUGCAAUGGGCCCAUUAAAAUAAGUUUGUCUUGUUUUCUCAAAGCUGUUACAUAAAAAUUCAUACGUGAUGCUAUAAACCACUAAAGUUAGGAUAGUUUUAUAAAUACACUCCUCUGGGAGAGGAAUCAGCAGCUAAAUAAACAGCGGCAACCAUCAUGUGCUAUGUGUUAUUUUGGGAGAGAGGAAUAUUUACUGUGGAGGGGUCUGAAAGAAUGCAUAAAUAAAGAAUAACAAAGCUU